AUGUCGAGUAUGUUUCCUGUCUCAACACCUUCUACCAGUGAAUGGUUAUGUUCGAAUGGUAUUCUCUCAUGGAAAUUUCCACCAUCUAUUGGUUCAUAUACAUUAAUUGGUCGUUCAAGAGCAGCUGAUGCUACUAGUUUAUUCAUUCCUGAAUUGGAUAUGUUACUUGAUUGUGGUUGUUUAGUGACAGUUACUCGACCUCAUUAUAUAUUUAUAACACAUUCACAUUCAGAUCACUGUCUUGAUAUUACUCGAUUAUUGAGUAGACUUCGACCACCACAAAUUUAUCUUCCUAUAUCAGCAGUUCAACCAAUGAAAGAUUAUAUUGAGAAAUGUCAAAUUCUUCGAGGAGCUGGUAGAAUUGAUCCAGAUCCCAAACAAUGGACACCUAAUUGUGAAUUAAUAGGUGUUAAGCAUGAUGAUUUAUUACCAUUUCGAAAAACGAUGAAAAUUCGUACAUUUGAUAUGGAUCAUUCAGUACCUUGUUGUGGUUAUGGAUUUUAUGAACGUCGACAAAAGUUAAAAAAAGAAUAUGAACAUUUAACGAGUAAAGAUAUUGCCAAUAUGCGACGUGUUAAUAAAGAUUUAGAACUUUGUGAAGAACGAUUAUUUCCAUUAUUUGCUUUUAUGGGUGAUACAACAGCAAUAAUCUUUGAUAAAUAUCAAGUAGAACUUUUUCAAUUUCCAUUGAUUAUUAUUGAAUGUUCAUUUAUUGAUAAUGAACAACAUGCAGAACGAGCUUCUGAUGUUAAACAUGUUAUUUGGGAUGAUCUUCAACCUUACGUCUUACAACAUCCGGAAAUUAUCUUUGUGCUAAUUCAUUUUUCACAACAAUACAAAAGUGAAAAAAUAAGAGAAUUUUUCCAAAAGUUAAAUUUACCCAAUGUUGUGCCGUUUAUUUAA